AUGACCGCGAAGACCAAGGCUGUCGAAUUCUCGAGCCUAUCUGAGGCCUUGGGUGCGAAUGCCACUGAAGUGGGUGAGACUAUGGCAAAGGUGAGGCCUUCAGUCCGUGUCAACACCACGGUUGAAGCCACCUUGGUGGAGGCCCUGGUGGAUCCAGCUGAGAAAGGUUUGGAUAUCUACCAGUUUGAGUUUGUCAGCGAUUUCCUCCACGAGUUGAAGCUCUAUGCCUUGGUAAAGGCUGAGGGCAAGAACUACUUGUGCAGUGUGAGUGCGCGCCCUAGCGACCAGUUGGCCGAUAUCGUCAGCGACCGCACGGGGCGACGCACAUGGUACGACUUUGAUGGCAUAUCUCUUCUCCCCCGUGGGAGUCUCACAGAAGUACUGCGAGAUGUUGGAUUGGAGAAGGAGCUGGGAGAUGACUUUGCAGCCUUCUCCAAACUGGCCUUUGACUCGCACUCUGCAGAUUCUCACUUUUUGUCUCCCCACGAAUUCAAGCAGCUCUACUACCGCUUGAUGCAUCGGUAUCCACGUUUGCUGCCCAGGACGCCAGCUUUACGAGUCACCGUGUACGGAGCGAAGAACUUGCCGCCUGCAGAUGUGAAUGGGAAAGCUGAUCCCUAUUGCACCAUGCAACUGGCAGGAAAACCGCACAUCAAGACCCGGACGCGACAUCUUGAAAAGACCUUGGAGCCCAGGUGGGGUGAAGAGCUCACUGGGAACUAUGCUUAUCAGGAGGGAGACGAUCUCCUCUUUGAGGUUGUCGACUAUGACAAGGGUUCCCUGCAAGGGGAUCUCAUGUGCAGCUGUGUUGUUCCCAACAAGGAGUUCCACAGACCUGGUGGCUUUGACGGUUCAUGGCCAAUGACCUUGGCCCCAGAGUUGGCGAAGCUCAAAGGUUACACUCCGGCCCUGCGAGUACGAAUUCAAGUGAUGGCCUUCCCGGAACCGCCGCCAAGGAUGACCAUCUUGAUUCGUCAUGCGGAAGGAUUGCCACCUGCAGAUGCAAACGGAAAAUCAGAUCCGUUUUGCUCUAUGCAGCUCGUUGGUAAGCCAUAUUCCAGGUCUACGACAACGAUCAAGUCGCGGACGCUGGAGCCUGUUUGGAAUGAAACCCUGACGGACAAGCACAGAUACGAAGUGGGGGACAGCAUCUCUUUCAAAGUCUGGGACUAUGACAAAGCUGGAGGCAAUGAUUUGCUGGGUGAAUGCGUCCUUGACGGCAGCCAGUUUCACAAGCCAGGCGGAUUUGAUGGCGAGCUGAAACUGGAGACCUCUGAGACCAAAUACACGCCCUGCAUCAGUGUCAAGAUCCUGGUGCGUGAGGUCGAGGAGGCCACAGCAGCAGCAGCGGCAGCCGCAGCCGCAGCUGGUGUGGAGGAGGAGGCAGCCCAUGAGGUGGAAGAGGUUGUGGAGACAGCCUAG